CGCCCCUCCCUCCCGGCAGCCCCAGCCCCGGCGAGCACCCAGCUAGCCGCCUCCUGCAGGGGCUCGGGAGAGCAAUUCGGCGGCCCCGGCAGGGCAGCUGAAGCCAUGGAAGCCUCCGCAGGUCGCUGAUCAGGGCCAGGCGGCUGCAGCAGCGACUGCAGAGGCGCUGCGCCAAGCCGGGCCAGAGUGGUGCCAGCCGGCGGGGCUGCGGAGGGCGAGUGGACUCAGGGUUGUUGAGAGGAGUCAAUGGCAUAAUACGGGAAGCCCCGAACCACGCGCCAACUGGGAAGGUGAUGGUCGGCGAGACCAGCCCAUCCUAAUUUGGGGUUCCUGGUCCUGCUCCAGGAGUCCUACAGCCUGCAGCCCCUACCAGAGAGGGAGGACUGAACAGCAAGGGGGUGUGUGGGUCUGAGUAUCAGGGUCCUGGGGAAGAAACAGGCCUGGCUCGUAGAGUAGAAGACUCGGUGCUGGCAGUCAGGAGGCCCUGCUCCUGAAGCCUCUGUGACCUUGGGCACGGCCUUCACUCUGUCUGGGGCACAUUCACUCAUCCGGAGAACACAGGGUUGGACUGAUUAUUUUUAGCCACUCCUGACCGUUGUGGUUUUAAGUUGGGUGGUGGGAACCUGUGCACCAGCCCCAUUCAAUUCAUUGGUGGAGGCAGCCGUGGCCUGCCAGGCCCUCACUCCUGGGGUGUCCUGCCGAAGGGUGAGAAGAGAAGCCAUGCCGGGCAGCGGUCCCAGCGACAGGAUGACGUGGCCUGGCCCGGCCCUUUCUGCGGGCCCCCCAACCCGCCCUCUCUCCUCAGCCCCCGGGAUACCGCCCAUCCCACCCCUUACUCGGACCCGCAGCCUCAUGGCCAUGUCCCUGCCGGGAAGUAGACGGACCUCUGCCGGAUCCCGCAGCGGGGGCACUUUGGGCCGCAGCGGCCUGGCAGUGUUCGCCCAGUGUCCGCAGCUGCCCGCCAGCCAGAACGAGCACCUGCCUCUUCUUCCUGCCUCCAGGCGCACCUCUCCACCUGUGAGCGUGCGGGAUGCCUACGGCACCUCUUCGCUCAGCAGCAGCAGCAAUUCCGGCUCCUACAAGGGCAGUGACAGCAGUCCCACACCAAGGCGCUCCAUGAAAUACACGCUGUGCAGUGACAACCAUGGCAUCAAACCCCCGACCCCGGAGCAGUACCUGACCCCCCUGCAGCAGAAGGAGGUGUGCAUCCGGCACCUGAAAGCCCGGCUGAAGGACACGCAGGACCGGCUCCAGGACCGGGACACAGAGAUUGAUGACCUGAAGACGCAGCUGUCACGCAUGCAGGAGGACUGGAUUGAGGAGGAGUGCCACCGCGUGGAGGCCCAGCUGGCCCUGAAGGAGGCCCGAAAGGAGAUCAAGCAGCUCAAGCAGGUCAUCGACACUGUCAAGAACAACCUGAUUGACAAGGACAAGGGGCUGCAGAAGUACUUCGUGGACAUCAACAUCCAGAACAAGAAGCUGGAGACGCUGCUGCACAGCAUGGAGGUGGCUCAGAAUGGCAUGGCCAAGGAGGAUGGCACUGGGGAGUCAGCCGGUGGGUCCCCUGCCCGCUCCCUCACCCGCAGCUCCACCUACACCAAGCUGAGUGACCCGGCUGUCUGUGGUGACCGCCAGCCGGGUGAUCCCUCCAGCGGCUCUGCUGAGGAUGGGGCAGACAGUGGCUUUGCGGCAGCCGAUGACACACUGAGCCGGACGGACGCGCUGGAGGCCAGCAGCCUGCUGUCAUCGGGGGUGGACUGUGGCACCGAGGAGACCUCGCUGCACAGCUCCUUCGGCCUGGGCCCCCGCUUCCCCGCCAGCAACACCUAUGAGAAGCUGCUGUGUGGCAUGGAGGCUGGUGUGCAGGCCAGCUGCAUGCAGGAGCGUGCCAUCCAGACAGACUUCGUGCAGUACCAGCCUGACCUUGACACCAUCCUGGAGAAAGUGACCCAGGCCCAGGUCUGUGGGACAGACCCUGAGUCAGGGGACAGGUGCCCAGAGCUGGAUGCCCACCCUCCAGGGCCCAGAGACCCCAACUCAGCAGUGGUGGUGACAGUGGGUGAUGAGCUAGAGGCCCCAGAGCCCAUCACCCGCGGACCCACCCCACAGCGGCCUGGUGCCAACCCCAACCCUGGCCAGUCGGUGAGUGUGGUGUGCCCCAUGGAGGAGGAGGAGGAGGCUGCCGUGGCUGAGAAGGAGCCCAAGAGCUACUGGAGCCGCCACUACAUCGUGGAUCUGCUGGCUGUGGUGGUGCCGGCCGUGCCCACAGUGGCCUGGCUUUGCCGCUCCCAGCGGCGCCAGGGCCAGCCCAUCUACAACAUCAGCUCCCUGCUGCGGGGCUGCUGCACUGUGGCCUUGCACUCCAUCCGCAGGAUCAGCUGCCGCUCGCUGAGUCCCAGCCCGGCGGGCGGCGGCUCCCAGCUCUGAGGGGGCCCAUUCCGGCAGCGGCGCCUGCGGCCUGACCACUGAUUGUAGGGAUGCUGUUCCCCCCUCCCUUCUCCCAUGGGCAUCAUCUUAUUUAUUUAGUUUUGGGUGUGGAACUGUUUCUUUUUUUCAAGAUGUUAAAACAGUCUUGUGGCAGGAGCAGGGGUUGGAGAAAGGCAUCCCAAAGCUUCGAUGGAGAGCAGGGAAGGGGGACCCAAGGCAGGAGGCACACCAGCUGGACAAAUUGCAGGGAGGGGAGGGAGCGAGGGCCAACCCAGCCCCUCUGUCCCCCUGGCCCUUCAGACAGGGCCAGCCCUGCUCAGGAAGUCUCUGGCUGUCUUCAUCUGGGGAAGCCGGGCUUGAGUUGCCCACAGGCCCCUGCCCUGCACCAUCCUGUCCAGUGCCCUGCUCACUCCAUGGCGUCUCUUCCAAGCCACCUUGCCCGCAGCCCAGGCUCCUGGGCCAGCGCUCUCUCCUCAAAUGGAGGCAGCCAUGGCCUGAAGGGCAGAUCACUGACCCAGGGCUCAGAGCAGAGGCCAGAACCACUGGGCUGGCCGGCAUUCCAGCCUCCCCAGACUGCUCCCCACCUUGGGACUCAGGAGCUCAGUCAAGGCCACAGGCUGGAGGAGAGACAGGGCUGGGCGCAAGGUGGCGGAGGGCAGUGUGGGUUCUGUGUCUGUCUGUUCAUCCCAGGCCUUCCCGUCAUCCCUUUCCUCUUGGCACUUCUGGGUGUGUCAGUCAUUAUUCCUGUGAGGUAGCUAAGCCCGGCAAGCUCAGUGCUGGGGUAGGAGGGCCUGCCUGUGUCCCAGCUCCCAGCUGGAGAAUCCACCAGCACAAGAAGAGGAGGCAGGGGCAGAAGCCCAAGGGGGCUCCCCCAGCCUUCCAAGGUGAGGCCAUCUCAUCUGCAGGCUGGGAGGCAGGGCUGGACUCAGGAACCCACAGCUUACUGAAAAAGCCAGAGGCCAUGACUGCCCCCAUAAACUUGCCCCGAGUUUCUCUGGGGCCCUCGGGCCCAACUUCUGCUUUGCACUAUGUUCACUUUGGGGUUGGUUCUCAGCCAUCCAAGGGUCUCCAGUGAGGUGGCUGCUUGCUGUCUGAGAUAAAGGUUCCUAAACCUUAAACCUCUCUUUCCUCUGGAGGAGGGUGGGGGAUUCUGGCAGGAUGAAUCGCAGGAUGGCGCGUACUGAAGCCACGAUGUUCAUCCAGGCCAAAGCAGGGUGUCCUGGGAUAGGUUUCCCAGGCAGGGGCAUGGCAGAGCAGGCAGGUGCCCUGCAGCCUCCCUACUCCCAGCCCAAGGCCAGUCGGCCUGGGAAGUUCACUGCCCCAACUCUUUUCCCGGGACCAUACUGAGUCCCCCAGCCACGCUGCUGACAUUCUUAUUACCAUUAUUAUUUUACCAAGUAAACUCACUCCUCUUCCCCCACAGGGGUUACACCCAUCUGGUUGUCCCACCCACUCUUCAGAGGCUAGGCUCCACCUCUGGGGGGUUGGAGGGACCCUGUGUCUUACUCGCCCCUCUGGCCUAAGGGCCACUCUGGUUCUCUGCCAAGGUUGCUUGCCCUCACCCCAAUGCUCCAACAGCCAUUGCCUAACUCAUGGGCUCUGCCCUUUUGCUUGGUGCCCUCCACGCGAGGCGGGGCACCUGCAUGCACUGGGAGGGGGCGGCUGGCCCAGCCCUCGGGGCAGGAGCCUCCUCUGCCACACGCUUGGUGCCUCCAAAGCUCCCCCGGCCUUGGUCAGGGCCUCAGACCAGCCAACCUUUGUGGAAUAUGCCCCAGCCCAGCCAAACCAAACCCAGAUGCCUGAGGCCUGGCUGGGGCUGCCCCCGCAGGACACUGUGGCCAUGCCAUGGAGGGGGCAGUGGAAAAAACCAAUCCAAAGCCAAGCCGGGACUGGCCGCGGACCCAGCCUCCUGUGCCGUGCACUCAUGGAGCUGCGUAGUCUCCUUAGACAUAGUCAAAGCUUUGCCGAGAAAAGAAAUGUAUGAACUAUAUUUGACAACAUAAAAUCUCUCUAUUUUUCACCACUGGAAUUUAGUCAAGCUUCAAGCCCCUCUGCUCCUGUCUGUGUCUUGCGUCUGUGGCCUUCCUAUUGUGUCUUGUGUUUUGGUGGAUGUGACGGCUGGGGCCACAGUCUACUCUCUCUCUGCUGCUAGAGAAGCCACCUGUGGAGGAGUGGGCUGUGGUUGGGCCUGAGGCCUGUGGAGGAGGUGAGUGUAGCCAGCAGCAGCCCUCUACUCCUGUUCUGGCCUGAGACCACCAGUGUGGGUCAUGAGGGCCCUGGCCCACAGUGUUGAGGGUCCUCUCUUUCGGGGGUUCUCCUGGGGCCUUCGAUGGGCUUUUCUUCUUGUCAGUGGAGGGAGCAGCUCCCCACUCAGCCCUGGGACAGGCCCUGGGACUGUGGUGGCCAGUGGCCCUGGCCCAGCUCUGGAGUGCGUGUGUGUGUGCUCAGAUCACGCAUCUAUGCAAAGGUGCAGGCUGCCUGUGCAGCUCCAGGUGGUGGAGGUGCGGCAGCUGCUGCUCAGGUGCCAUGCCCUGAAGAGGCAGGGUACAGAUGGGGUUGGGAGGGCAAAGAUGGGGCGGGGCGUCCCCCUGAGAGAGCUCACCCUCCACAGCGACCCUUUUCCUUCCUGCCUAAUACCUCCUCCCGUUGGGCUGCGACCUUUUCCUCCUGCCCUCAGCCUCUGAAACAGAAACCGUUGGGGCCUCCCCAUUCCCCAGCGUCUGGCCAGAGCUGAUGAGGUCCUGAGGAACAGUGUCUCCAGGAACCACCUUCUGGAGCCUAGUGGCCAGAAGUGGCUUCUCCUGAGUUCUAGGGCUCGGGCCAGAGUGGCCCUACUGCCCGGCCAGUCCAGGCUCAGGCAGGAAUCGGACGCUGGGGCCUGGGCUCUGCACAGAGAGCUGGGCUUGAGUGGAGUUUAUUGUAGAUUUCUCCCAAGGGGAUCACUUAGCUUCUCACUGACACACCCUUCCCAAUUGCCACAAGCGCAGGCGUAUCUUACAGCACUUUGGGGAGGGGUGGGACAAACUGCAAGGUUCUGGGGCCAAGGCCUACCCAGGGGCCUCUGCCCAGAGAACUCACAACCCCCUCUCUGACCUAGGGGACAAUGCAAACGGGUCACAGUGCAUUCCCAUAUUAGGCCAUCCCCUUCACAAAGAAUUCAGGGGAUGUGGGAAGUGGGGAGGCGGGGAGGGAUCUUGACUCUUGUCUCCUUUGUCCUUUUGUUCAGACAGAGUUGUACCUGCAGCAGACAACUCUGAAUUAAAGCAUGAAAACACA